AUGAAUUCUGCUGCCGGUAUCCAUAUCAAAAGAGAACAUGAUUCUUCAUUAGAAGAUGAUUUCAAUGAUCUCUCCAUCAACAACCCUAAUGCUAACGAUAAGGUUAACAAUAACACUUACGGCAAUGGUAAUAGUAAUGGUAAUGGUAAUGGUAAUGGUAAUGGUAAUGGUCUCCCAUUUCCUCCUGCCUCUGCUAAUGUAACAAAUCAACAAAAACCCAUUAAACAAUCUCCAAGUGUAGAAGAUGCAAACAUUCAACAUCAAUUACACAAUGUACCAGAUCAUAAUUAUCCUAAUCAUUCUCCUGCUGUUUAUAAUCAAGAAGUACCAACUCAACCUGAUUUGAAAAUUAUUCAUCGUCAAUUAGAUGGAUACGUUGGAUUUGCUAAUUUACCAAAACAAUGGCAUAGGAAAUCUAUUCAAAAAGGAUUCAAUUUGAAUAUCUUAUGUGUUGGACAAUCUGGUCUUGGUAAGACUACUUUAAUUAAUUCUUUAUUCAAUUCGACAUUCAAUGAUAACAAUAACAAUAAUGAUGAAAGUGAGGAAAAUACUGAUUCAUUAAAUGAAACAAAUGAUAAUGAAUCUCAAAUUGAAGAUGAAGAUGAAAAUGAACAAGAUGAUAAUGACGAAAAAACAAACGAUAACGCUCUAAAGAUCAAGACUUCAUCUACUAUUAUUGAAGAAAAUGGUGUCAUUUUGAAAUUGAAUAUCAUAGAUACACCAGGUUUCGGUGAUUCUAUUGAUAAUUCAAAUGGUUGGAAUCCAAUAAUUGAUGAAAUUAAUUCAAGAUUUGAUCAAUAUCUUGAUCAAGAAAAUAAAAUUAAUAGAUCAAUGAGUAAUUCAAUCAAUAAUAUAAGUGGUAUUAAUAAUGAUGAUAUGAGAAUUCAUGCUUGUCUUUAUUUCAUUGAACCAACUGGUCAUUUCUUAAAACCAUUAGAUUUAGAAUUUUGUUCCAAAAUUCAUAAAAAAUGUAAUUUAAUACCACUUAUUUCAAAAUCAGAUAUCCUAACAGAUGAUGAAAUAUUACAAUUUAAGAAAAGAAUUACACACCAAUUAAUCGAUUCCAAUAUUGAACUUUUCAAACCACCAAUUUAUAAAUUAGAUGAUGAUGAAACUUCAACAAUGGCUUCUAAAUUAUAUGAAUCUUUACCAUAUGCUAUUGUUGGUUCAACAAAUCUUGUGACAAAUGCAAAGGGUGAAACUGUAAGAGGUCGUCAAUAUCCAUGGGGUAUCAUUGAAAUAGAUAAUAGUAAUCAUUCUGAUUUUAAUAUGUUACGUGAUUUAUUAAUUAGAAAUUAUUUGGAAGAAUUACGUGAAAGAACAAAUAAUGAAUUAUAUGAAAAUUAUAGAUCUGAAAAAUUAAUUAAAUUAGGUAUUAAACAAGAUAAUACUGUCUUUAAAGAAUUUGAUCCACAAGCAAGACAAUUGGAGGAAACACAAUUACAUGAAGCUAAAUUAGCUAAAUUAGAAUCUGAAAUGAAAAGUGUUUUCCAACAAAAAGUUUCUGAAAAGGAGAAAAAAUUACAAAAAUCUGAAACUGAAUUAUUUGCAAGACAUAAAGAAAUGAAGGAAAAAUUACAAAAGCAAUUAAAAGCUUUAGAAGAAAAGAAACAUCAAUUAGAAAUGUCAAUAUCAAAUCAAGGAUCUUCAUCUCCAAUUCAACAACAACAACACCAACAACAGAAGAAAAAAGGUUUCUUACGUUAG